AUGGGCUGCAUCGGACCAGCUACGCCUGGUUUUCUUAUUACCUUAAUCGCUGCGGCACUCCUCGGUCUGGUAUCGUUUUGUGUCCCUUACUUCGAACCCAUUUUCUUCCUGAAAGCCGCCAUACCCGUCGUCGGAACCGACCUGAGGGGUAUAAUCACCUUCGGCACACUUGGAUAUUGCUUAAAAUUCCCGAACGAGACUACAUUCUGUUCUGAGCCUCAAGUUGGCUACAAACUUGGUGAGCUCAUCGUCAUUGAGAACCGACAUCAACCCGUCGGGGAACAAGUUACUUACACUAACGAGCGCGCAGAUGUCAACCAACUUCUCGAUAAUAACCUCCCGUUCGAAAUACCUGGCGAGGUGGUCAAAUGGAUAACCUACGUCCUGGUCCUCCACCUCGUCGCGUUCGCACUAGCGACCCUCUCCGCCUCGUUCGGACUGCUCGCCCAUAUCCAGGAGAUCCCUCUAGUCUGCUGCAGCACCCUCAUCUCUGGCUUCGCCGCCACCGUUGCGAUGCUCGCAUUCAUCUUCGACAUAGUGCUAUUCGCCCUCACGAAGAAGAGGAUCGAUAAAACUCCGGGAGGGAGGGCGGAGAUGGGGAUAGCGAUUUGGCUGACGCUGGUGGGGUUCUUGAUGUUGUUCUUCAGUGGAUGCUUCUAUGUGUUCGGGAGGUGCUGUAUAUCGAGUUCCGGGGGUGGGAGGAGGGAUCCGGAAAAGGGACGACACUGA